CUGGUCUACGCUUCGUAAGCCAACUGCCACUUCGUUUCUUUUCCGGAAAAAACGCGCAUCUCCAUCGAAGACGAAGUCGAAGAAGAAGAAGAAGACGAGACCUUGCUCUUUGAUGAAGAAACCAACGUAAAGCUCCUCUCUUUCUACCUCGAUGGACAACUAUGGCAAUCCUUAUCCCUAUCCCUAUCCCUUCACCGGAGCUCCACCGCAGCCGCCCAUGAAUCCCGAUCCCCAUCAACCUCCUCCUCACUAUCUCCACCCCUCCAACUCCUUCCCUGCGAAUCCACCACCGUCGGUCUCUCUUUCUGGCCAUCUCUACUAUCCUCCGCCGCAACAUAGCCCCUACGACUACUACAACCCUUACCCGUCUUCCGCUUACGUUCCGGCUCCGGCUCCGGCUCCUUCUCCCUACUAUCCAUCUCCGUCGGCUCCUCCUGAUGCUCCGGCUCCGGAACACUCUUUGUCUUCCUCGUCGCUCUAUCCCAUCGAUAGCGUCCUUGCAGAUAUGCGGAUCUCUGAAUCUACAACCCCGUCGUCCCCCUCCACCUCCCAACAUCACGGUCCGGUCUACCCCGCCUUGCCCUCUGGCUCCUCUCCGUCUGAAUCCCAGCAUAUGCAGAUCGUCCCCUUCAACAAACAACACUCGAUUUCAUCCCUUAAGGUUCUUCUCCUCCAUGGUAGUCUUGAUAUCUGGAUCUUCGACGCCUUCAAUCUUCCCAAUAUGGAUAUGUUCUCCAAGACCAUCGGUGAUAUGCUGGGCAAGCGUCUUACCAGCACCCUCAGUGGUAAGCUGGAGCACAUGUCGUCGAUGACCAGCGACCCUUAUGUUUCAAUUGUCGCCUCAAAUGCCGUCCUUGGCCGGACUUACGUGAUAAGCAACAGCGAGAAUCCUGUGUGGACGCAGCAUUUCUGUGUCCCUGUUGCGCAUCACGCCGCUGAAAUCGAGUUCGUCGUUAAGGAUAACGAUGUUGUCGGCUCGCAGAUCAUCGGCACGGUUGCGAUCCCCGUGGAAUGGAUUUACUCCGGGGAAAAGGUGGAAGGGACAUAUCCAGUCCUUGGCUCUAAUGGAAAGCCCUGUAAGCCUAAUGCCGUGUUGAGGCUUUCCAUCCAGUAUAUUCCGAUUCACAAGCUGAGCAUGUACCAUCAAGGCGUCGGCCCUGGCCCGGAGUACGGUGGUGUGCCGGGCACCUAUUUCCCUCUCAGGAAAGGCGGCAAGGUCACGCUCUAUCAAGAUGCUCAUGUUCCUGAUGGUUCCCUUCCUGACCUCAGGCUGGGGCAUGGCGAGCAUUACCAGCAUGGCAAGUGUUGGCGUGACAUCUGUGAUGCCAUAAGCCAAGCUCGUCGCCUUGUUUAUAUUGUAGGAUGGUCUGUUUUCCACACUGUUUGUUUGGUACGAGAUGCUGGGCGGCCGGAUUACACUUUGGGCGAUCUUUUGAAGUCCAAAUCACAGGAAGGUGUGCGAGUGUUGAUUCUUGUGUGGGAUGAUCCAACUUCAAGGAGCAUUUUGGGCUUUAAGAUGGAUGGUGUAAUGCAAACCCGUGAUGAGGAAACUCGUCGAUUCUUUAAACAUUCAUCAGUCCAAGUGUUGCUUUGCCCCCGCUCUGCAGGAAAACGUCAUAGUUGGGUUAAACAACAGGAAACUGCAACUAUUUAUACUCAUCAUCAAAAGACAGUAAUUGUGGAUGCUGAUGCUGGGUAUAAUAAAAGGAAAAUUGUAGCUUUUGUUGGAGGGCUCGACUUAUGUGGUGGGCGAUACGAUACACCACAACAUUUUUUAUUUAGCACACUGCAGACAUUGCAUAAAAAUGACUACCAUAAUCCUACAUUCACGGGACCUGAUACCGGUGGUCCAAGAGAACCGUGGCAUGAUUUGCAUUCUAAAAUUGAUGGCCCAGCAGCUUAUGAUGUUUUGACAAACUUUGAGGAGCGUUGGUUAAAGGCUUCCAAACGUCAUGGCAUAAGAAAGUUGAAGAGGUCUUUUGAUGAUGCUCUACUCAAGAUUGAAAGAAUUCAGGACAUCAUUGGAAUAAAUGAUGCUCAAUAUCUGAAUGAUAAUCAUCCUGAGAGUUGGCAUGUGCAGGUUUUCAGGUCAAUUGAUUCAAAUUCUGUCAAAGGAUUUCCUAAGGAUCCAAAAGUUGCUACUAGCAAGAAUCUUGUCUGCGGUAAAAAUGUCUUAAUUGACAUGAGUAUACAUACAGCAUAUGUAAAGGCUAUCCGGUCUGCCCAACACUUCAUUUAUAUUGAGAACCAGUACUUUCUGGGGUCAUCAUAUAACUGGGACACAAACAAGGACUUGGGGGCUAACAAUUUAGUUCCCAUUGAAAUUGCGCUGAAAAUUGCAAACAAGAUCAAAGCAAAUGAGAGAUUUUCUGCAUACAUAGUUAUUCCUAUGUGGCCAGAGGGCAUUCCAACAAGUACUCCCACUCAAAGAAUUCUAUUUUGGCAGAAUAAAACAAUGCAAAUGAUGUAUGAGAUAAUUUAUAAGGCCUUGAAGGAAGUUGGCCUUGAAGAUCAAUAUGAACCACAGGACUACUUGAACUUUUUUUGUCUUGGAAAUCGAGAGGCACCGGACCUCAGCAAUCCAUCAAGUGGAGGCCCUGCUGCAGUGAACGCACCUAAUGCACUUGCUCGGAAGAACCGGCGCUUCAUGAUUUAUGUGCAUUCUAAAGGAAUGAUAGUGGAUGACGAGUAUGUGAUAGUGGGAUCAGCAAACAUCAACCAGAGGUCAUUAGAAGGUACCAGAGACAGUGAGAUUGCCAUUGGAGCAUAUCAGCCUGAGCAUACAUGGGCAAGAAAACUCUCUGGUCCAUUAGGACAGAUCUAUGGCUAUAGAAUGUCACUGUGGGCUGAACAUAUUGGUUUCCUUGAGGAAUGCUUUACUCAACCUGAGACCCUUGAAUGCAUGAGACGCGUCCGAGCUUUGGGGGAACAGAACUGGAAACAAUUUACUGCUGCUGAAGUCACAGAAAUGAGGGGACACCUGCUGAAGUAUCCAGUGGAUGUCGACAGGAAGGGAAAAGUAAAGCCUCUGCCCGGAUGUGAGACAUUCCCGGAUGUCGGUGGCAACAUAUGCGGAACAUUUUUGGCCAUACAAGAGAACCUCACAAUAUGAUUGAUACUUACUGAUACCAUCCUGUCUAGAAUGUCUCUUUAAUACGUUGCAGGCUGCCACACUGAUUGCCAGGCAAGUCACUCCUGUAGUUUUAUAUGUUACUCUAAUUCAGGCAAUUUGUAUAUUUUAGUGGUGUUUCUUACAUUGCUCAUGUCAUAUAGCACACACUGUUCAUUUUCACAUGAUAUAAGGAGGGUACACUGGGAUUUUGUAAAUGAUAGUGAGUGUAAAUUCUACAUUUUUUUAGAGUAAGUGAUAAAAUAAGAAAGUCCCAUUUACUUGCAGUA